AGGCCGGGGGCGUGCCGGGCUCGUCCGUGGCGGAAGAUGGCGCUGCCUUUUGCACGGUCGUUGUGGCUGUGCCGCUGGGGAGCCAAACAAUUGGGGGUCGCCGCCGUGGAAGCCCGCCGAGGCAUCAGUUUCAAACUGGAAGAAAAAACCGCCCACAGCAGCCUGGCACUCUUCAAAGGUGACACAGGUGUCAAGUAUGGCAUGGUGGGAUUGGAGCCCACCAAAGUGGCCCUGAAUGUGGAGCGCUUCCGGGAGUGGGCAGUGGUGCUGGCAGACACAGCGGUCACCAGUGGCAGGCACUACUGGGAGGUGACAGUGAAGCGCUCCCAGCAGUUCCGGAUAGGAGUGGCAGAUGUGGACAUGUCCCGGGACAGCUGCAUCGGUGUUGACGAUCGCUCUUGGGUGUUCACCUAUGCCCAGCACAAGUGGCAUACGAUGUUGGCCAAGGAGAAAGCCCCUGUUGAGGGCAUCGGGCAGCCAGAGAAGGUGGGGCUGCUGCUGGAGUAUGAGGCUCAGAAGCUGAGCCUGGUGGAUGUGAGCCGGAUGGCUGUGGUCCACACGCUACAGACAGAUUUCCGGGGUCCAGUGGUGCCUGCCUUUGCCCUGUGGGAUGGAGAGCUGCUGACCCACUCUGGGCUUGAAGUGCCUGAGGGCCUCUAGUUAUGUCCAUCACUGGAGUCCCUAAUCAUGCCUUUGGCCAGCCUUCUGCUGAAAGUGUCUGAAUCUUUUUAACUUUGCCCCAAACAGCCUCUAGCUCCCACAAUUCAGUGUCGGGUCCUCUGUGUAAUCCUUAGUUAUCUUCUCCCCUACCCGGUGAAAGCUAGGCAUAAAGCCACCCUCUCCGUCCCCCAAACUGCUGCCAAUUUUCUAGGCUACCAGGAAUGCACCUCCCCUGACAGCCUCCUUCAGACCCUCUGCCUCCCUGUGCCCUGGCCUUUCUCAGGCCGUAUUCAGUACUGGGGUCUUGCCUUUUAGCUUUGUUUGUAUUUAUUCAUCACUGUGAUACCUUGCCCUCCCUUUGCCCACAUGUAAUUUGUUUGUUCUUGGGGCUCUACUGAAUCUCUCCAGAGUGAAUUCUUUCUACCUCUGGCUGGAGGAGUGGUGCAGUCAGUGGCUUGGCCCUUUCUGUACAGCACAUAAAGUCUGGGCUCUGGCUCCCUCAGGAAGCGCUUUACUGACAGUGUCAGAGUGAGGACAGAGCCCUCCUCCCACGGUACCUUCAUGCCACAGACUCUCAGCCCCACACAGCUGUAGCUUUCCCCGCCCUGAGUCCAUCCGCCUUAAUCUGCACACCUCUGACACCUGGUCAAUGCGUUAUAAUCAUUGGGCCAGUUAUAACCGUGACCAAAGGGGAAGAAGACACUUAGGGCAUACUGAGUGGGUUAGUGCUAGAAACUUUAUUCUUGAGAAGUUCUAUCUUCAUUUCUGCUACAAUUGGAACUUCCAGAUGUUGGAGGGAGGCCUGAGGUCUUACACAAUCCAUUUUUGGGCCUGCUCAGACCCCAGCCGUCCCCCUCCCUUGGCAGCAGAAUACACUUAACCUAAAGAAGUAUUUGGGGUUGAGGGAAACCUGGUGGGGUGAGUAUGUAUGUGAAAUAUGUAUUGUUUGGGCUCUGUCUAACCCUGUGGUUGCAUCUUAUUCUACCUUUACGAUGGUCAUGCAGCUGGAUGCCCCUAGGGGAGAAAGAGAAGGACUGGGUUUAGCAAAAAUAAUAAUUUGUGUAAUUAAAGUUUAUUUGAGCACAAAA